CUGUGUUGCUACAUUUCUCAGCUGCCAGGCGAGCCUCUACAAAAUCGAUGUGGUCUUUUCUUCCACCACCCUUUUCUUGGAUUCGACGACACAAUCCAAACAACAAGUAGGCUAUAGUGGACUGCAAUCCUUCCUUGAUUCUAAGGAUAUUAGAAUUUAGGCUUAUGAUGUGCGGUUGAGAUUAUUCAGAUUGUCAAGUCGCAUUGCAUUUAGUUUAAUUCGAAGAUACCACAUCUGUAGCUUGUCUUGGUGUGAUCUUCAGUGGUGUCGCUGCUGCAGGUGUCUUUCAAAACCAGUUGCGGCAAGAUGGCUGCCGCAGCCAGGCAAUCUAACCAACUCCAAAAGAUAAAAGAUCACCCAACAAAAUACCCCAACGUCAGUGACAGCUACCAAUACAGCGAACAACUCUUCAAAGACGCCUGCCUUGCUCUCCACGGUAUCAUCUUACAAGACAUCCACCUGGGCAAGAAGGAGCUCCUUAAAGAUCCCAAGUUCUUACAAGGUCGCCUGUACGAUACUUGCACCUACAUCUUAUCACGUCACGAGAAAGAUUUAGAGCAGAUUAUACUCGAGCAUGAUCACCCUAAGCUGAAAUAUCUCCGGAGUAGAACUGUCGUACAACCUCGAGUCGAUGUCAUGCUGGCCAAAAGACGUCCUGAGCUCGUGUUUGUGUCGUCUUUGAUGAUACGCAAAGGAAGCGCGGGCUACGAGCCUGAUGUACGGGAGCCUCGAUCAGACAUGGCUCGUCUUGCGUACAUGCUCCUGGAGCGGUGUUGCCGGUGGGGGUUCUACCUCUGGGUGGGUACCUUGAAAGAGCUUCGCGCCUUCGACAUGGUUUACAGCUUCUCGGAGCUUGCCGAAGCUGCUGAAGGAACGAAGAGCAGCCAGAUUGUACUCAAGAGGGACGCGAUCCUGCUACCACGAGUCGGUAAGCCACUGCCUUCUUCGUUCCGGAAGACGCUACUGGUCAACCGGGUGGAUCCGGAGUUCUGCCUCCGGCUGUACCGGAUUGAGCCGGAGAUGACCAUGUGGGAGGAUAAGGAGGAGGAUGCGGAACGAUUGCAGGAUUUCUACACCGGAUCGCACCAGCUUCACACUAGUUACGGAAUGUGGGGAGUGUCGGAGCAGAUGCUGAAUGUAAGACGGCAACUCUUCAAAGUCAGAGAUUACACUGAUGCGGCCCUGUACGAUCGUGCCCACGCCAUGUUGAUGAUGGCCCGAGUCAUGUUUACCGAUCUCGUUGUCGUGAAGAAGCUGGAUGAGCGAGAGAUCGACGAGACUGACUUCAUGAAGAGAGUGAUGGAUAAGCUCAGGACUCGAAUCCGAGAGGGACUUCGAGCUCUUGAAGACAGCUCAUCAUCUGAGGAGGAUGGCCGCUGAGGAUGAGAAAUACUUGAUGUACAUAUUGCAUAAUCAGUUGUUUCAAUGAAAGUUUAUUUCAAAACCCCAAAGAAUAUAGGCUAAAGAUUCAAAAGAUAACAUUCAGACAAAAGCAUAAGCUAUGAAGAGUAUAAGCCUACGGAUUAUUUUGAGAUAAACAGCAAACGAAAACUAAAGAGAGAAACCCAAAGUAACUUUCUCUAAAGGGAAACGGGAAAAGAAAAAAACAAAGUUACUUUCUCUUACGAGAACA